CCGGGCCGAGCGCUUAGCGGGGCCGAGACUGCGCCAUGCAGGAAGCGCCAGCCGCGCUGCCCACGGAGCCGGGCCCCAGCCCCGUGCCUGCCUUCCUCGGCAAGCUGUGGGCGCUGGUGGGAGACCCGGGCACCGACCACCUGAUCCGCUGGAGCCCGAGCGGGACCAGUUUCCUCGUAAGCGACCAGAGCCGCUUCGCAAAGGAGGUGCUGCCCCAAUACUUCAAGCACAGCAACAUGGCGAGCUUCGUGCGGCAACUCAACAUGUAUGGUUUUCGGAAAGUGGUGAGCAUCGAGCAGGGCGGCCUGCUCAGGCCGGAGCGCGACCACGUCGAGUUCCAGCAUCCGAGCUUCGUGCGCGGCCGCGAGCAACUACUGGAACGCGUGCGGCGCAAGGUGCCUGCGCUGCGCGGCGACGACGGCCGCUGGCGCCCCGAGGACCUGGGCCGGCUGCUGGGCGAGGUGCAGGCUUUGCGGGGAGUGCAGGAGAGCACCGAGGCGCGGCUGCGGGAGCUCAGGCAGCAGAACGAGAUCCUCUGGAGGGAGGUGAUGACGCUGCGGCAGAGCCAUGGUCAGCAACACCGGGUCAUUGGCAAGCUGAUCCAGUGCCUCUUUGGGCCACUUCAGGCGGGGUCCAGCAGCGCAGGAGCUAAGAGAAAGCUGUCUCUGAUGCUGGAUGAGGGGAGCUCAUGCCCAACACCAGCCAAAUUCAACGCCUGCCCCCUACCUGGUGCCCUCCUGCAGGACCCCUACUUUAUCCAGUCGCCCCUCCCAGAGACCACCUUGGGCCUCAGCAGCCCUCACAGGGCCAGGGGCCCCAUCAUCUCUGACAUCCCAGAAGACUCUCCAUCCCCUGAAGGGACCAGGCUUUCUCCCUCCAGUGGUGGCAGGAGGGAGAAGGGCCUGGCACUGCUCAAAGAAGAGCCGGCCAGCCCAGGGGGGGAAGGCGAGGCCGGGCUGGCCCUGGCCCCAAACGAGUGUGACUUCUGCGUGACAGCCCCCCCACCACUGCCUGUGGCUGUGGUGCAGGCCAUCCUGGAGGGGAAAGGGAACUUCAGCCCUGAGGGGCCCAGGAACGCCCAACAGCCUGAACCAAGGGGUCCCAGGGAGGUACCUGACAGGGGGCCUCUGGGCCUGGAGAGGGGGGCCCGGAGCCCAGAGAGUCUGCUGCCUCCAAUGCUACUUCGAGCUCCCCCUGAAACUGUGGAGCCUGCAGGGCCCCUGGAUGUGCUGGGCCCCAGCCUCCAAGGGCGGGAAUGGACCCUGAUGGACUUGGACAUGGAGCUGUCGCUGAUGCAGCCCUUGGUUCCAGAGAAGGGUGAGACAGAGCUGGCAGUCAAGGGGUUAAAUUCUCCAGGCCCAGGGAAGGACUCCACGCUGGGGGCACCACUCCUGUUGGACGUCCAAGCGGCUUUGGGAGGCCCAGCCCUGGGCCUGCCUGGAGCUUUAACUGUUUACAGCACCCCUGAGAGCCGAGCUUCCUACCUGGGCCCAGGGGCCAAUCCCUCCCCGUGAAUCUGGCUCCACUCUGAAGCCAGCCUGCCGAAGGGGCUGGCCAGCGGCAACACGUCCUUCUCGGCUUCCUGGCGCCCCCUGGCGGAGGCUGAGUGAAGCCCCUUGUACUCAGCGGUCCCUCUCCAUUCCCGAGCCCCGCACAUAAACCGCAUUUUUUUCUGUGUUUCUGGUCUCUUUUCUCUACCGACCAGGGAGCACAGAAGUCAUGGGUGGGGGGCGACUUUGCAUUCGUAGAAGCGUCCAGAUCCCAAUGCUUUAAUGGAGGAGCCCUUGGAGAGCAGAGGUGCUGGGGGAGCCCGCCUCUGGUUCUCCUGCUUAGGCCCGGAUCCAGGGCUAGAGCGUGGCCGCUGCGACCUCCGGGAAGCGGGGGCUUUUGGGUCACACCCAGCUCCGCAAUGCAUCCGCUCUAUGAUCCUGGGUAAGCUGGUCCCCUUCUCUGAGUCUUAUCUGUGACAGGCAGAGAAGGGUCGACGAGAGGAUAGGGGUAAAGCGCCUGGGAACUCCCAGGCCCAGAGUGAGCGCUGGGUACUUGGGGCCGCGGGCCGAACUACCUCCUCCCUGACUCAUCC